UGAAAGUAAAUGUAGUUCCUUACACCUCGAUAUUUGCUUUUGCCAUGGGAUUUCGAGGAAAUUGGGAAAUCAAACCUUCAACUAUUAUCCGGCCGAAGAAGAAAGUAGACCAACCAGCUGUUUCUUACUACCCAAACUAUCCGAGCAGCUAUGUUUACAAUCAAUACGGGAAUAUUCCAUACAACAGGUAUCAAAGUACCCAGUAUCAAUACUACCCAGCAUCAUACUACCAGAGAGCUAUCCAUAGUGCAGUGCAAGGGGCUUUUGAUUGGCAUGGAUUGAACGGGACAGCUUGCUUAACCAGAGUGUUUUGUGAAGUGAGCUUAAUCCACCAAGACGAUGUCAUCAGCCAGAUUCUAAGGCUUGUGUUUAACUCUACGGAAAAUGCAAACUACGGUUGUCCUGAGGAAGUGGAUUGCCCUGUGUCUUUGCUGCAUCUUCUAGACCAUGCUUUAUCAGGACACACAACUUGACAGCUGUGAAGAAAAGUCUACAAUGGAUUCAUGAUUGAUUAUUAAAA